AACACAGCCAUCCUCCUCCUUGGAGAGGCCAAUUCCCGGCGGCAGCCGGCGAGCGGAGGCUGCACAGACCACCAGGUCUCAUUCAUAAAAGGGGCGGCCCGCAGGGGCAGCCCAAGCAUGGGGCUCGUGUCCAGCCGCCAGCGCGAGCUGCGCGAGAGCCUCGUGGACGGCGGCGCCGUCUACAACUUCCCCGGGGACCGCCAGAAGAAGCGGAGAAGCCGGAACUACCCGACGGACAGCGACGGCGUGCAGUUCGACCCGACGUGCGACAAGUACGACUUCCUCUUGGUCUUCCCGCGGCCGGACGACGACGAGAGCGAGGCCGAGGGCGACCGCAUCAGCUGGUGCCAGAUCGAGACGCUCUGGUUCCAGGCCAUCCCCGGCGACGAGGACCGGAAGACGGCGGGCAUCGAGUGGCUCCGGCAGGAGUGGGUGUCGCGCUUCCGGACGGACACCGUGUCGAGCGCGGAGGGCGGCGACACCGUGCCCCUGACGGCCCUGCAGGGGCUCGUGCGGGAGCACGUCGUCGACCGCCUGACGAAGGCCGGCCUGCAGCUCGAGCUGACGCUCGCGCAGGACGGCUCGAAGGUCUUCUGCCGCGUGCGCGCGCCCAUGGCGCUCCUCGAGCGCAAGGCCGACGAGCUGAACCACAAGCUCAAGUUCCGGGGCGAGGUCGACCCCGGGCCCGAGUUCUGGCGCAAGUCCGCCGACCAGGACGCCGAGGGCAAGCCCAUCUUCUGCGAGAUCGUCGAGGAGAGUAUCUUGUACGAGAAGAACCAGGCCAAUGAACUAUUAGAGGAUUUGUAUCGGGCCGGGAAGGUGGGCCCGAACGACGCGGCCGUCUUCGACGAGGCCGAGCCUACCAAAAAACACUGGUCGCGGCGCGUGCACACUCUGGAAAGAAUCGCGGACCGCGUGCCGGUGACGAACCGGUUCCCGGCCCACGCGGACUUUACGACGGCGCCCGAAUCGCGGCACUUGUAUGACGAGUACCCUUCGGUCCGAGGCAAGACGCUCUUCCUGCCCAAGGACCGCCUCUACCUCACGUCGAAGAUCAUGGACGAGCACUUCGACUUCGGCGUGUUGGUGGAGCACAAGGUCGUCGAGCAGUGCCUCGCGCUGCACGACGCCAAUGCCGGAGAAUCAUUAACUCUGGAAUGGUUCAGCGACCACUGGGUUUUAUUUUGGCGGUCGGGUCCCCGGGACUGCGGCGCGCCGCGCGUCAGCAUGCCGCAAAUCGACAAGGGCGAGGCGUGCCAGUACUGGGAGAGGCCGUGGGCGCAGCCGCUCAUGGAGAUCCGCGCGUACUUCGGGGAACAGGUGGCGUUAUAUUUUGCGUGGUUGGGCUACUACGGCUAUUCAUUGACGACCCCAACAAUCGUGCUCACGGCGGCGGGCAUCUACGAAUUCGUGACCGGCCAAUCAGCAGACGACGAGGGCUGGUGGAAGCCCGUCCAGGUCAGUUUAGCGUUCUUCCUCGUGGCCUGGUCCGCCUUAUAUAAGGACGGCUGGGACGUCGAGCAGCAGUGGUGCGCGACGAAGUGGGGCAUGCUGGACUUCGAGGAGGAGGAGGCCGACCGGCCGCAGUUUGUGGGAGACGCGGACGAGCCUAGAAGGCUGUCGCCGAUCACGAACCAGAACGAGACCUACUACCCGGCGGAGAAGCGGGCGCGGACGCAGUUUUUCAAUUCAAUUAUUGUGGCAUUGUUGGCCUUGCUGAUCUUGGUGAUCUUCGCGUUGAUUUUUGAAUUGGAGUACAAGUUGUUGGACGUGCUGCCGGCGUCGCUCGCGGGCUACGUGUUGCCGCUGCUCAUCGCGAUCCUGAUCCAAUGGUUCUCGCGCCUGUACAACCCCAUCGCCUACUACCUGAACGAAUCCGAGAACUACCAGACGCAAACGAACUACGACAACAAUUUGGUGUUGAAAGUUUUUGCGUUUGAAAUUAUGAACAACUAUAGUUCGCUAGCACUCACAGCCUUCUUCAAGGGCUGGUACUGGGGCUGCAUUAGUGGAGACGACAACUGUUUGAGCGACCUGAAGCGCCUGACGGGCGUCAUUUUCGGGGUUAGGUUUGCCUUAGCCCUGUGGGGGAUUGUGGGCGGCGGCUGCGUUUCGAGGUCCUACAAGGCCUUCCUCAAGCUCGUGCUCCCGGAGGCCGAUACUAAUGAAGAUAACGAUGGAGAGAACCCGAUGCAUGAUGAUGUGGAGGAGGGAGACCGGCUGAAAGCCUUGGAGCACCCGGCCUUUGUGGACGAGGCGGAGCUCGAGGAAUACGAGGGGCUGUUCGACGACUACGCGGAGAUCGUCUUGCAGAUGGGUUUAGUUUGUAUGUGGUCCUUGGGCUUCUACUACAUGCCGUUGUUGGCCGCUUUAGAAAUUCUGCUGCAGAUGCGCGUCGACGCCUAUGGACUCGUUUGUGACUCGCAGCGGCCGACGCCGACGCCCGCGGAGACCGUGGGCUCGUGGGGCACGCUCAUGGACACCAUGUCGUUGCUGGCCGUGUUCACGAACGCCGGCAUCAUUGUGUAUACGACGAAGUCCCUCGAGGACUGGUCCUCGAAUGAGAAACUGUGCGCUUUUUUUGUGGUCGAACAACUCCUACUCCUGACCAAAGCUCUAGCCCACCUGUGUUCGACGGGCAUACCGACGCGGCUCGAAGAGAUCCAGAAGCGCCAGGAGCACGUCGUCGACCGGCACAAGCACUGUAGGUUCGAAGAGGUCUUCGAAGACGAUGAGGACGAGGUGGCGGGCCUGAAGCGGGGCCACGUCGACCGGAGCGAAGUUAGGGAGCGGUCGCAGUCGACGACGGAUGGCAUGUCUCCAUUUACACGGUCACGCAUCGCUUACUUGGACGAGAAAUUGCGAGCUUGUGAGUCUGAUGUCACGAUCGCACGAUCACAGUACAGAGUCGCGUGCAAGACCGAGGUCUUUAAUGAAGAUUGUGGGGUUUCGUACUCCAGAAGGACGCCGGGCCUGGCCCUAGGCAUGGUCACUUUAACGGUACUCGAGGCCGAGAACGUCGGCCAGCGCCACGACCCCGUCAAUGCUUCUUCUUGUAGAGCGGUCGUGCACGUGCGCGAUCCUACUCCGAGACAUCAACGAGCCUACGAAGGUCCUCCCGGCCCGGCGCCCCAGGUCUCGAAACCGGCCAAAAAACCGCCGCGCUCCAAUGAGCUCCCGGAGGACCUGCGGAGCGCGGGCGCGCGCAUGGUCUUCAACCAGACCUUCUCGCUCGCACCAGUGAAAACAAGCAAAGCGGAGAUCUUCAUCGAGAUCAUGGACCACGCGAAAAGACUCAAGCGAGGCUCUACUACUAUAGCCUUGUCCGACUUAUCCGACCAGAGGAAGCAGGCCCUGACUCUCUCAAUCUUGCGACCGACGGCGACGACGACGGCCCAGUUCGGCAUCCCGCAGGAGGCCGCGGUGCUCUAUGUGAAAGCUCAAUUCCAGUACUCGCGAAUUCUUCCUAUCAAGCGGCGCAUCUACCGCCUGCUCGAGGGGCGGCGGAAGAUUACCCAAGAUAGACAGAAUCUGAGGCUGGGCAAGGCGCCCGAGCACCAGUGGGACUUCCCCGACGACCCGUCGCGGCCGGACCCCGGCGCGACGCCGACGGCGACGCCCUCUUCGACGCGCGUCGGCUUCGCGCCGGCGCCGGCACCCUUCGCGCCGCCGCCGCCGCCCGACGACGACGGCUCGCCGCUGACCUAAGCAC